CGCCUUCCUCUCCCGCCACUCGCUCUUUUCUGCUCCGAAAUCUUUCAGAACCAUCGUCUCACGCGUCUCUCUCUCUCGCCCGCGCGCUCGAUUUCUUCGUUUCUCUGUCGAAGCUCGAGAGCCAUGGUUGUCGCGCAGAAGCUGAAAGAGGCGGAGAUCACCGAGCAGGACUCGCUUCUUCUAACAAGGAACCUGCUCCGCAUUGCUAUCUUUAAUAUCAGCUACAUCAGAGGCCUUUUUCCUGAGAAGUAUUUCAGCGAUAAGUCUGUUCCUGCCUUAGAGAUGAAGAUUAAGAAGCUAAUGCCAAUGGAUGCUGAGUCCCGCCGAAUGAUUGAUUGGAUGGAAAAAGGUGUAUACGAUGCACUGCAAAAGAAGUAUCUGAAGACACUUCUCUUUUGUGUUUGUGAAUCAGUUCAAGGGCCUAUGAUAGAGCAAUACGCAUUUUCAUUCAGUUAUUCGAGUUCAGAUAAUCAAGAGGUCUCUAUGAAUAUCAGUCGCACGGGGAACAAAAAGGGAAGUACUUUCAGGUGCAAUUCGGGGGCAGAGAUUACUCCCAAUCAGAUGAGGAGUUCUGCUUGUAAGAUGGUCCGUACCCUUGUUCAGUUGAUGAGAACUCUGGACAGGAUGCCUGAAGAGCGUACGAUAUUGAUGAAGCUCCUCUACUAUGAUGAUGUAACGCCUGCAGAUUACGAGCCUCCAUUCUUUAGAUGCUGCAGUGAAGAAGAAGCCCAUAAUCAAUGGAUGAAGAAUCCUCUGAAAAUGGAGGUUGGCCAUGUGAAUAGCAAGCAUCUCAUACUAGCUCUUAAGGUAAAGAGUGUGCUUGAUCCUUGUGGGGAUGAGAAUGAUGACAGUCAAGAUGAUGAAGUGAGCUUGGGAGGUGAUUCUAUGCAAAGGGAUGAUUAUUCUGAAUCUGACAGUGAGGUUAACCAUUCAGCCGAUGACCAGUACAUUGUUGCGCCAAUUGAGAAACAGCAAGUUGAUGAUAAUGGCUUUGUCAAUGAAGAUGACACUCAGGAUCCUGUGGAAGAUGAACAGCAAUUGGCCCGGGUCAAGGACUGGAUUAAUUCUCAUCACCUUGGCACUCUCAGACUAACAGAUAUCCUUUCAAGUUUCCCAGACAUCUCAUUGGUCUUGAUUGAAGAGAUUAUGGACAAACUUGAGAAGGAAGGUGUUAUAUCAAAAACUGCAAAGGACGCCUACAUUGUAAACAAGCUUAAGGUUACAUCGGACUUUGAUUUUCCUGAGGUGAAACUGGAAGGGGAUGGUCAGGUAGUUCCAGCUGGUGACAAAGCUCCCUUGGUUGAUGAGCACAUGUACAUGAAGGCUUUGUGUCACGCUCUCCCGAUGAAGUAUGUAACGGUUACGAAGCUUCAGGAUAAGCUCAAUGGAGAAGCGAAUCAGGCUACCAUCCGGAAACUCAUUGAUAGGAUGGUCCGUGAGGGCAUGGUUGAAGCCAAAGGCAGUCGCAGGCUAGGCAAGCGCGUUAUCCAUUCUGAUCUGACUGAGAAGAAGCUAAAUGAAGCCAAGAAAGCCUUGGAGAAUGACGCAAUGGAUGUGGAUACUCAUGAGCAGUCCAGUAGCCUCCACCCUCAGGAACUCAUGACUAAGGGGAACCGCCACCCAGACAUGUCCACCUGUGGCAUCCUACACUCCAUUGGAUCAGAUCUCACGCGCAUGAAGGUCAGAUCUAACUUGAAUUUGAAUGGUUCCAUCCAGAGUGAGCAGACUGUUUCUGGGAUGAAGGGGAACGAGAACACUCCCACAAGCAGGGCCAAGUGCCAGUCGGUGGCCUCUCGAGAGAGCUUUAUUCCAGGAAAUCAAAACAGCAGAACCAAUGGACCUACGACAAAUGCUGACGACAUGGACACUGUUGCAUACAAUGGAUCCACUCAGGACAAGCAAUCAAGAAAAACGAGCACAGUUAAGGACCCGAUCCUUCAGUCCUCAAAGCGCCAGAAGUCACAAGCCCUCUGAGGACCUUCGUCAUUGUGAUGCUAUUAUCUGGGAACUCUCCAGUCCAUUCAAAACCUCAUUCACUACUGCCCCUUAAGAUUUUGUAUGCUUCUGGACUCGGUCAUUUUUAUUGUCCAACAAAACAGCAAAAAUAGCACCUGCAUUCGGCCCAUUGGCAUAAAUUGAAGAACGUGAAAUCUUUGAUGAUGGAA